AGGACUUAAAGAGCUGCUCACAAUUGUGGGCAAUCGUUUAAAAUCAAAAGCUAUUUGCUUUCUUACCAUAACGGAAGAAAUUGGGUUCGAAUUGCCUGGGGAUGUAUUUUUGUCUUUGUUUUAUUUCUUUUUUUGGAGUUCUCCUCUCUAAAGCACAUGCUCAGCCUGAGAAGAUUGAGGCCUUUGCCGGUGGACACGCCAUCCUCCCCUGCAGUUGGAAAAACCCUGCGAGUGAUCACGUUCCAACGGUGGAGUGGUCCAAAGAAGGCCUCAACGACAGUAUCGUCUUCUUGUACCGCGAUGGCUGCGAGACCUUUGGGAUGAAGAAUGUGGAUUUUGAGUUCCGGGCGAGUCUCUUCAUGAAAGAGGUGAAAAACGGGAAUGUCUCACUGAGGAUCUCCAACCUGAGGCUGUCUGAUGCCGGGACCUAUCAAUGUUUGAUCAUCCAAAGUGACAAAACCAGGCAAACAACAAGAGUUGAGCUGGUUGUUGCUGCAGUAUCCGACUUGAAGCUCGCUGUGGUUUUUGAAGAAAAGGAGGUGGUGGCUGUGACAUGUGAUGCAAGCUGCCGUCUGCCACCACCAAUAAUCAUCAUUCAAGAUGAUGAAGGAAAUGACGUCACCGAUAAAGAGCCAAGCCAGCAACAAGACGCCAGAGGAUGUUACGCCACAAGGCAGAACUUCUCUAUGCAGGAUUCUAAAAGAAGGGUCGUCUGCAGAGUCAAGCAGCCACAAACGGACAUGAACAGGACUGUAGAGAUUCUCCUUCCAGACUUUCAAGUGUCUAAGUGA